GUUCUCAUAAGCUCUUUUGCUCUCAAACAGUCCCACCUUUUUUUCCAAAGGGCUUCACACUCCAUCACCAAGAUAUGGCUAUCUUAACUGCUUCUCACAUGGCUUCUGCAUUUGGCAUUCUUGGCAACAUUGUGUCAUUUUUUGUGUACUUGGCACCACUGCCAACCUUCUAUAGAAUAUACAAGAAGAAGUCAACAGAAGGAUUUCAAUCGAUACCUUACGCUGUUGCACUCUUCAGUGCUAUGUUACUAUUGUACUAUGGUUUUUUGAAGACAAAUGGGCUUAUGAUUAUUACAAUCAACACCGUAGGAUGUGCCAUUGAAGCCACAUAUCUCCUAGUUUUCAUGAUAUAUGCAACAAGGGAGGCCAAGUUAUAUACGACAAAGCUGCUUAUCAUGUUUAACGUAGGAGCAUUCGGUUUGAUCACGCUUUGCACAUUCCUAUUCUCCAAAGGGCAUCAGCGAGUCACUAUUGUCGGAUGGAUCUGUGCUGUCUUUUCUGUCUCUGUUUUUGCUGCUCCUCUCAGCAUCAUGAGGCUGGUUAUAAAAACGAAGAGCGUGGAGUACAUGCCAUUUGCACUCUCAUUUUUCCUCACACUAUGUGCUAUCAUGUGGUUCUUCUACGGCUUUUUGAUAAAGGAUUACUACAUUGCAACACCGAACAUCUUAGGAUUUGCAUUUGGGAUUGCACAAAUGGCAUUGUACAUCGUCUACAAGGACACAAAAAAACAAGUUCUACCAGUAGUCAAGCUACAAGAUUUAGGGACGGUGAUCGACUUGAGUGCAAUUGAGAUGGAGCAAAAUUUCAAGGCAGACACAGAUCAAAUGCCAAAGGAAAUUAUAGCAGUCGAUGAAGAUGGAGACAACAACAAGUCUAUCAAACCGAGCGAAUCCAACGUGUGAUUUUAAAAGAAGAACUAGAGAAGAACAAAGCAUGAUGUCAAAUUCAAAACUAGUUACAAGAAGCGAUUUCGAAGCUUGAAACAGAGAGAGAACCACAAAAUGCAAAAGACAAUCCUUUCUUGUGGUCUUCAUUGUUAAUCUUUUCUUUUACUUCUUUUUUUUUUUUCUUUUUUU